AUGGCUAAAAAACAGUCACUUUGUUUGCUCAUCAUAGCUGUGUUGAUCUCAAGCUUUUGUGCAGUUUUAGCAGCUCGUCAGCCUCACAUCGUCUUCGUCCUGGCUGAUGACUACGGCUGGUAUGAUGUCGGGUAUCACAAAUCCGAGAUCAGGACCCCAAACCUGGAUAAACUGUCUGCACAAGGAGUCCGGCUGGAGAACUACUAUGUGCAGCCUCUGUGCACCCCGUCCAGGAACCAGCUCAUGACAGGAAGGUACCAGAUCCACACAGGCAUGCAACACCAGAUCAUCUGGCCCUGUCAGCCCUACUGUGUGCCUCUGGAUGAGAAACUGCUGCCUGAGCUGAUGAAGGAUGCGGGCUACAACACACACAUGGUGGGCAAGUGGCACCUGGGCAUGUAUAAGAAGGACUGCCUGCCUACACGCCGUGGCUUUGACACAUACUUUGGCUACUUAUUGGGCAGCGAGGAUUAUAACACUCAUGUCCGCUGUUAUCACAUCGCUCCUCUGAACGCGAGUCGCUGUGCGUUGGACUUCAGGGACGGAGAAGAGGUCGCCACCGGUUACAAAGGACACUACUCCACUGAAGUGUUCAGCCAGAGAGCCGUCAGCGUCAUCGCCAAACACAACCCCAACAAGCCGCUCUUCCUCUAUGUGGCGCUACAAGCAGUUCAUGAACCCCUGCAGGUGCCAGAGCGCUACCUGACCCCCUACAGCUUCAUCAAAGACCCUCACCGUAAGCUGUAUGCCGGCAUGGUGUCGGCCAUGGACGAGGCGGUGGGCAACAUCACCCUGGCUCUGCAGCAGGCGGGGCUUUGGGACGACACGGCCCUGGUGUUUUCCACAGAUAACGGAGGUCAGACGUUGGCGGGUGGCAGCAACUGGCCACUGCGAGGGAGGAAGUGGUCGCUGUGGGAAGGUGGCGUCCGGGGAGUCGGGUUCGUCACCAGCUCGCUAUUGAAGAAACCAGGAACCGUCAGCCACGAGCUCAUGCACAUUUCCGAUUGGCUGCCGACACUUGUAGGCCUGGCGGGAGGAAGCACGAACGCCACGAAGCCUCUGGACGGAUUCAACAUGUGGAAUACAAUCAGUAAAGGAUUCGCCUCACCCAGACUGGAGCUGCUGCACAACAUUGACCCGCUGUAUGUUGACAUCGCUCCAUGUCCUGGCACCAAGCGUCAGUUAACUUUGGCUCAGGUGGUCAGCGGAGGCUCCAGCACCAACUCCGGCUUCAAUGUGUCCAUUCACGCGGCCAUUCGAUCCUCAAACUGGAAGCUGCUGACUGGCUACCCAGGUUGCGACAUUUGGUUCCCCCGGCCGGGCCACAACAGCUCUGAGUCGAUCCCUCUCAAGGUGGAUCCGCUGAAGUCCGUAAUGCUGUUUGACAUCGAGAAAGAUCCAGAGGAAAGGAAUGAAGUAUCCACUAAGUUCCCCGCAGUCGUGGAGUAUCUCCUCGGUCGGCUUCAACAGUACCAGAAAGGAGCGAAGCCGAUAAACUUCCCCGAUGACGACCCCAAAUGUGACCCAGGCCCCACUGGAGCUUGGGGGCCCUGGGCUUAAAUGGACACUGAUGAUGACAAUAAUGAACAUUUUGUCUAUUUCGAUGAUUUAAGCACUUUGUUUACUGUGAUUCACAACAGAUUCUCGCAGCUUACCUCAGCAAGAAUCUCUCACAUGGACAAAAAAUCAAGUUUUUCAAGACAUUUCUUUAAAAAAUCUGUGAUGUGAUACAUUUGAAUAUAUCUUAAAAGACAACUUCUACCAUCACAUAAUCAUUUCAAACAUUCGGUAGCCAAGUGGAGAAACUCACUGUGACACGUCAUCAAUUGACAGACAGAUGCUGCCAUUAUUAUUAUUGAUCUCUGUGUCUCAGCUCUUAAGUACUUUCAGAGGUUUAGCGGAGCGAUUGCCUAAACUCUGUUAGCUACACAUGUUGCUGAUUUGUAAAGACUAUCUGCCUGCUGUUUCAGGUAUUUGCACUUCAUUUAUCUACUGUUGAGAAGCCGCAGGCCUCGUGUAUGUGUCAAAACACAAAGCCUGCACAGACAAAGCAGGCUGUAUUUAACCUGGGAGAAAUAUUUCACCAAGUAAACAAUGUUUUUGGUCCUUUUAAGCAACACUUAAUAUGUGUGGGAAGGAGUAGAAACACAUAAUGUUAGCCAGACUUAAAGAUGGAAUUUACAGAUCUAUAUUUUUAUAUAUGUACAAUGGUUGAAAUGACUAUUGCUUGUAGUCAUGAAUGGAUUCUGCAGGAUUUUAGCAUCUUUUAGUUCAUUUUUUUGGUUUUAGGGCCCCUAAAUUCACUAUUUUGGUUCAUCAACACUGUUUCCAGUUGCAUCAGGCAGCUGUUUUUAAUUAAUGUGUUUUAACUGCAGCCUACUUGCUCAGCACCAAACAGCAAACAGGCAAAGAUAGUGACCAGCUGGUGAACAUAUUGGAGCAUUUAAGAAGCUAAAAAGCCACAUAUUUUUACCUCAGGAGUUAGUGGAGACCAAAACAGAGCUACAGUGAGAGUAAAUAUUGGACUUACAUUCAACAUGAGGACACAAACAUGAAUCCAAAUGAAUCCUCAUGUAGUAUCUGCUGGAAGUGUAAAUAAGAGUUUUUGAAAGAAUGAACUUUUUUAAGGUGCAAAAAUGACGAUUACAUGUUUACAGCUCAUAAUGCUUCCCCCCAAGUCGUCUGUAAAAAUCGUUAAAGCACAUUUAAAGAUGUUUAAAGAGGACAUAUCAUGCACAUUUGCAGGUCUAUAUUUAUAUUAUUUGUAUCUAAAUGUGUAUUUUACAGUUCAAAAAAACUCUUUAUUAUCCUUCUUUACUUGAAAUAUCGACUGAAACCUGAAUCAGAAAAUCACAAAAAUUAUGAUAUGUCCCCUUUUAAAAAAACAACUUGCUUUGAAUUAAUGGCGCUUUUUAAUUGUUCACACAACUAUUUAUACUGUAAGUGCCUUCCGAUGUUUUACCAAAUUAGUGUUUUAUUGUUCCAGAAAACAAAAACUACAUAAUAAAGAGGCUAAAAUGCUGUAAAACAGACU